GAUCGAUGGGCUUAGAAUUCCAAUUAUCGGUGGUGGAAGCAGUUGAAAUGGGUCAGCAGGUAUCGGCCGCCCCCGCCCCAUCGCCGCGCGCGCUUCGUGCCACACUCAUUCUGUUUUUGCCCACCUUUCGACUCGCGCGCAGCCUCUGUCAUUGUUCGUGAACGAGCAUUUCUCUCACGUGGGAACGAUUGACUCUUUUGUGCUUUAUCCGCUAUUCCCCGGCCGCUAUACGACCGACCGCACGUAAUGAAAUGACUUUAUAAGUGUAAAUGUGAUCGGGAUAAACUGUUUUGUGAAAAUAUGACCAAGUUGAGGUGAUGCCGGGGUUCCUAGUGAAAGUUGAGUGAUGAUAGAACAAACAGAGUGAUCGGGAUCCUUCCUCUUAGAUAAGCGGAUACCAUGGCGGUCGCACCGAUACUCCCGUUCAUACUGCUAUCUGUGGUCUCAAGAAGUAAAUGCGAAUCCUCGACUGGGUACAAUUACAACAGCGGGAACGGGGGAACAUUCGGGGAGUUAUUGAAGCCACCACCGCCGCCACUGUCUCAAAUCAAACCGGUGCCGUUUCACGGCGGCGCCAGCAGAUCGCAACGGCAGAAUGUUGACCCGGGGUAUCAUUACCAACCUCCACCGCCGCCUCCACCUCAGGCGCUAUCGUCUGACUUCAAAUUCCCGGCUCCUUUUUACAAACAAUACAAUUUUAAUUUUGUACCUCCUCCUCAGCCUUUCACAACUCCAUCUUCUUCGCUAUUCCAAAAAGUCUCCGGUUGGUUAUUCCCUUCUCAAGAAACAGAACCAGUAUCUGCGUAUAACAACAAUAACAAUAUAGCGCCUAUAAAAAAAGAUUGCAAUCCCUGCAAUCUAGUGCCAUGGAUUCCAGUAAUAAGAUACGAUUUGGGAGGUAAAAGUUUGCAGCAAAGUUUGAUACCGACUUAUGGACCUCCGAGUCCCACCGCACAAAACGCGGUUCAAUUUAGACCACGGCCGUUUUAUUCACAAAAUCAGGAAGUACCACAUAUAUCAACUGGGAUACCUCAUGCAAAUUAUGGUCCACCUUCCCUAGAUAACAAUAAGGGCUUCUUAAGCUCCACAUAUGGGCCACCAAGUCCAACUCAUACGGUAGCAAAUCCGACUAGCUCUACGUUUAUACCAAGUUCAUCAUUUGGAUCCAGUUCAUCUUAUAACUCAGUCAGUAAUUCAUACAAUGCUCAAAGUUCGACUUACGGACAACCCAGUUCGUUAUACAAUAUUCCUAGUUCUACAUAUGGGGCACCAAGUUCAUCGUAUGGAUUACCCAGUUCAACUUAUGGUCCACCUAUUUCUACUUACUCUACACCUGCGCCACUAUAUGAUUCACCGAGGCCUAUAACAUCGACUUACUUACCUGUGACUCCCAGUUAUGAGCCAGGAGUAAUAAAUUAUGACCUCCCUCAAGAUAAUCAAAUAGAUGUUAUACAGAACACUCUUCCUUCCGAGGACUUACAAUUACCAAAAGUUUCCGCUCCAUUAGGGUUUAAAAAUUCAUACGGGGAGCCAAUUCCAAGCUCGUAUGGAGCAGAAAUACCUUUCCCAGUAUCGGCUACUGCAGCGGAAUCGUCUAAAAUAAGGACUGAAGUUUUACCUCUUGAUGGGACUAAAGGAUUAAAUCCUAAUCAUUCAUUAGCUCUGGCAAAACCAGCCCCAUUUACUUUGAAUAGAGGACGAAACAUACAUACGUUACAACCUGUUGCUUUACCGAACUUGAGCGUAUCUCCAUUACCACCAAUAUUUAAUGCUCGGCCAUUCCGGCCGCUACCUAACUUGCCCUUAAAUCAUGCCCUCGGAAUAAAACAAGUGCAACCACCAUCGAAUAAUGUUAAUAUACAACAAAGCUUACCAAUUGCCGAAUACACUCAUUCUAUAGAUUAUCCUACAUCUAUAGUGCAAUCGCCAGUUAUCGACAUCGAUGUCGGAAAAAUAUCAAAUCAAUCGAAGGCUUACAGAAAUAUUCCUAAUGGAUUUAUAGUAGAGAGUUUCAGGGAUAUUUCUUCCCAAGCAUCUGAAGAUCAUAUUGAAGCUACAAAGUCAAAUCAAGAUUCUAGUUUUGAAAGUACUGGAGUUGAGGUUGGCAAUGAUUUAUAUGAGCCGAAUAUACCUUAUGAUUUAAAAUAUAAAUCCGGUAAUCACCUUUCCAACCACAAGAACUUUGCUGAUUUAAGAGGAGUUAAGGACGAAGACGUUGAUAAAUAUCGUACAGAGAGUAAUUUACAGAAUAUAGAUUCACCAUUGUUGUAUCUAAAGCCUGGAACUCCACAUAAAGAGUAUACUAACUUCGUGUUUUCUACAAGUGGUCCAUUAAAUGUAGACGAUUAUGAAAUUUACGAUGAUAUUUCUACAACAGUGGCACCAAAGCAAUCAACGUUCUCUAGUAGUGCUUGGGAAGAAAGUAGAACCGAUUAUAGCGAUGCGUUUUCACAACCAACAGCAGCUCAGGAAGAUUCAAAUAAACCAAAAAUUGUUCAAAUUAUCAUACCAUACACAACUGGGCAGCAGAAUAAGCAAACGAAUGAACACGAACAGAACCAAGAGGAAUGGAUAUCGACUCCUGAUGACUACCUAGCUAGGAAAGUGCCAACGAAUACAGAAAAUUAUUACACUGUUGAUUCUAGUACGGAGAGUUACACUACGCCUAGUACAACAACAGAGGAGCCAUCUCACACAGAAAAUGAUAAUUACCAAUCAGAGAGAUUGAAUACCCAUUCUAUACUAAACGACUUGUAUGAUGUAAAAGAACCUCCCUUUGAUAUUAUAAAACUUCAACAAAACAUCGAUGAUUGGACCGAACAAGAGUUUUCUAAACGUUUUAAAACUCAAUCUCAACGAACUCGUAAUAACGGUAAAUAUGCUAAACAAAUUCCAGACGAAUAUUUUACUACAAUUAGUCCGGUUACUAAUUCUGUGACGCCUAGCAUAUAUAAUUAUGAUUUUUAUGAUCACGAAGGAUCAUAUAGUAUACGGCAUUCCGUAACUGAGGAUGAAAGUACAAAUACAAAAUCACACAAAAAUAAUAAUAAUAUAGAUAGUACCAGGUCUAAACUGAAAGACAAAAAUAAAGAUGAUUAUGAAGAUUUGCAAAAGCUUCACAUCUAUACCGCUGCGUCAUCAUUCCGAUCUUCGACCACUACUCCUGCUCCAUGGGAGGCUAUUCAAACUUCUAUAUCUCCACUAACUAAAGAAAAGGUGUACGUGGUUACAUCAAAACCAUGGACGGAAUCUCAGAAUACGACUGUUCACGAUUAUGAACAUAUAGCAUCUUUUGAGUCUAAGAAGACGAAUUUAGAUAACGAGGCAUCUGCCUCAGACAAUCUUCCUUUUCAAUCUCCCAGGUUCUCCAACAGACCCAGCUUCACAACUGGCGAGAAUAUAGAAUCCGUUAAAUCCGAUUCUUCGUAUGGAUUCUCUAGAAAUUGGCAUCAAAGAAUAAAUGACUUGGAGAAUAAGAAGAAUAACAAUAGUACAUCGUUUCCAGAAGGUUCUCAGAACAUAUCCACUAACAAUAAAGAGGAUACACACCCCACUACAGUGACUGCAGAACCUCCUGAAAACGUCAGUAGUGAGAAAGUGUAACAAAUAAAUCGAACGAUCUGUGAUUGUGUUGUUAUUGUUACGCAUAGUGUUAGUUUACAAAACCAAAUGAAUAAAAACGUGAACAAUUACAGAUAUAGUGAAAGUGUUCAAGUGUGCGUGCGUAACGUAUUGACUAUGAAGACAAUAAAGAACAAACUAUAGCGAAUUCAUAGAUUAGAUAUAUUAUUUUAUAUUGACAAAUUAAGAAGAAUACAGAUAGCCACGUCAAAUUAAGCCGAAGUUGGGCAAUCUGCGGAAAUAAUUCGUGUAGUUUUGAAAAUUGCUAUAGAUCUACCGUAUGGUGUCCAGAUAAACAUACUAAAAGUCCUCGAGGGUAGGGGGUGUGCUGAGGGUGUAGAGGGGGGUUGAAGGUACCUUUUUUGAUAUUUUUGAUCAUAUCUCGAAUAUCUGUACGAAUAGCAUUAUAAUUACUUCGGACAAAAGUUUUAUCAUAAAAUUUUCUACAAAUUUGGUUAUGUUUAUUUUUACUCUACGAUCAAUACUUUAGGAGCUACAGGCUGUUAAAGUUAAAUAAGAGAUAAAAAAUAGAAGAAAACGUCGUUUUUUCGUAAUUGUUCACCAUAAAUAAAAAUUUUAGUUUAGAAUAAGCAAGCUAAGCGACCUGCUGAUAUAAUAUAAAAAAAACGGCCAAGAGCAUGUCGGGCCAUGCUCAGUGUAGGGUUCCGUAGUUACCCGUCUGUCAAAAUAAACUAUUUGCGAAAACUCAAAAACUGAUAGACCGAUUAGGUCCGCUAUAUUUUUCCUUAAAAGUCUUUACUAAGUUUUACUUUCACGAUUUUUUUUGGACCCAUGGUUCAAAUGUUAGGGGAACUAAAGUGGAAAACACAACUUUUUUUCUUUCAGAUCGAUUAUUUCCAAAAAUAUUAAGUUGAUCAGAAAAUGGUCCUUAAAGACCCUUAUUUGUUUUAAAAGACCUAUCCAACGACACCCCACACUAUAGGGUUGAAGCGAAAAAAAAUUUCAUCCCCACUUUAAUUUAGGGCAGCUACCAUAAAGAAAUAUUUUUUCUGGUUUAUAUUUUACUACUUUGUCAGCGUAACUGAUUUAUAUAUUCGUGCCAAUUUUAAUAAUAGAAACUAGAAAAAAAAAUUAUGGUGGCUGCCCUACAUUAAAGUGGGGAUGAAAAUUUUUUUCGCUUCCACCCUAUAGUGUGGGGUGUCGUCGGAUAGGUCUUUUAAAACAAAUAAGGGUCUUCAAGAACAAUUUUUUUAUCAACUUAAUAUUUUCGGAAAUAAUCGAUCUGAAAGAAAAAAAGGGGAAAUCCCCUUCAGCUCCCCUAACUUUUGAACCAUGGGUCCAAUAAAUGUGGUAAAAAUCGUGAAAAUAUAACUUAGUAAAGACUUUUUAUGAAACUUUUUUAUGAAAAAAGGUACCUUCAACCCCCCCCUACACUCUCAGCACACCCCCUACCCUCGAGGACUUUUAGUAUGUUUAUCUGGACAAUUUUCAAAACUACACUAAUUAUUUCCGCAGAGUUUUCUAAUUUGCUUAGGCCAGUGACAGGCCUAUUACAAUCAGUUAUGUACUUACAACUAAUUACAUUAAUUACAAUUUUUAGAUAAAAAAAUUUGCUUAGGCUAAGAACGAUAAUCGUAUUCUUUUUGAUUUGUCAUAAAAUGGGUUAUAAUAUUGUAAACUGUGCUAUUAUGUAACCAUAAAUUUGUAAUGUUUACUAAAAUUAGUUAAUUUUCCAAUUAUGUAUGGUUUCAGUCGCCUAUCAAUUUAUAUUUUGUUCGCAUAAACCUGUUUUAUUAACUGGAUAAUUCAUGUUUCCUCAUAUUAUAUUUAACUUUAGUUUAUGAGUUUGUAAAUAUUUUAUAUGACUGAAAAAAUAUAUCUGUAAAUAAUAA